AUGGAAAAAAUCAACUCUACCAUCCUCAAAACAGCUCUCAAGGCUAUUCCUCUCCUCACCGCCAACAACUACACCCUUUGGCAAAAUUGCAUUGACGACAUGCUUGAUUUGCAAGGACUUUGGGAUUCUCUGACAUCAGAGAAAGACUCAUCCAUUCACCCCAACAUCAUCAAUCACGAUAACAAAAAGGAUGCUCAAAAGAUAUGGUCUUCCAUAUCUGAUUUUUUUGCCUCUACUCAACCCACUAAUUGCGCCCGAGUUUUCAAUGAAUUACUAGACUUGUCCUUCAACUCCAACAAUGUUCAACCCUUCAUCACUUUGGUUCGAACAAUCAACUCUCAACUUUUCAAAAUUGGUAUUGAUUUACCUCACAAUUUAGUCACUUACAUUCUUCUCAAGAAACUUUGUCCUUCCUUGAAGAACAUCAGUCAGAAAAUUACACAUUCUGACAAACCUCUCACCAGCAAUCUAGUUUUAGAUCAUCUCAAGUUGUUCAACAACAAUCAAGCAGCCAUUGCUGCUAGAAACACUGGAUCAAAAACUGAAGUUGUGGCUCUUUAUUCCAAUUUCUCAAAGAAAUGCAAGAUAAUGGCUCACAAUUUCCUCUCCAAUCAUCCUGGAUCCUCGUGCUGGAUGUUAUAUCCUCACCUUCGACCAGCCAACGGUGUCAAAGCAAACCAAUCAGAAUCAACGAAAAAGGAUCAGUGA